AUGGAGUGUCCGGAGGUGUUGAGGAAGGCGAAGCCGUACUUCCUCAUGAUAUUCCUCCAGUUCGGGUUCGCCGGGAUGUACGUAAUCUCCGUGGCCUCACUGAAGCAGGGGAUGAACCACUACGUGCUGGUGGUCUACCGGAACGCGGUCGCCGCCGUCGUUAUGGCCCCUUUCGCGUUUUGGUUCGAGAGGUCAUCCCUUUCUCUCCCCUUCCCCCGGCCUUCCCUCCAUUUCUACGCUGGUCCUCACGUCUCCUUGCUGUUAACAGGAAAGUGAGGCCCAAGAUGACGAUCUCCUGCUUCUUGAAGAUUAUGCUGCUCGGGCUGCUAGAGUACGUCCAAGCCCGAUUAAUCUAUUGGCUUCAUGUGGUUAAUUUGAUAUUCCUGAUGACAAACUUAUUUUCUGUGGCCAGGCCCGUGCUCGAUCAGAACUUAUACUACGUGGGAGCGAAGCUCACCUCCGCCAGUUUCUCGGCUGCACUGUACAACAUGCUCCCCGCCGUCACCUUCGUCCUAGCCAUCCUUCUCAGGUGACUGAAACCCUCUUGGGCUUCCUCCUUUCUUGAGAAGCCUCUCUUUCUCUCAUCUCCGAUUCAUAAAGCAACCAUCUUUGGCCUCUAACAAAGGUGUGAAAGAACUAGGAGAGCCCGGAGCCCGGCCCGAACUGGUAUCAUUUUUCCGGGCUUGGCCGGAAGUGUCAAGCCCAGAAAAGAAACCAUGCCAAUAAUCUUAGCUUUUCUCAGGACUGAGCUGUCCGAUGAACAGUACAAAUAUAUUCUUCGAGAGAGUCGUCGAUUUAGACUAGAAUAUCUUAUUGGGUUUAAUUGUGGCUUAUGUAUGAUAGAGAUCGUAUGUUUCGUACGUGGCAGGAUGGAAAAAAUAAAGAUCAAAGAGAGGCGCGGGCAGGCGAAGGUAGUCGGAACCCUAAUCACCGUGGCCGGCGCUCUGGUGAUGAUAAUGUACAGAGGACCCAUAAUAGAGUUCGUAUGGACGAAGGGGCGCGCCCACCAAGACGAUGCCGCCGCCGGCCACAACAGCGCCGAGUGGCUCAAGGGCACAUUCCUCCUCAUCGGGAGCUGCUUUUGCUGGUCCGCUUUUUUUAUCGUUCAGGUGAGCUCCCGUCUCCUCCCUCUUCCUCCAUCGCCAAAUCUGGCGAGAAAGAGCGGUGAUAGAUUCAUAUGUUUCACGAAUGCAGUCCAACACGCUACGGUCGUACCCAGCGGAGCUGACGCUAACGACCUGGAUAUGCACCAUGGGAGCGGCGCAGAGCACGGCGGUGACGCUGGUUAUGACGCGCGGCAGGAAGCCCUGGGCCAUCGGCUUCGACAUGCGGUUGACCACCGCUGUGUACUCGGUGAGAGAGUAACCUCCCUCCCCCCUCCUCUGAGCCACCGCUGCUCACUGUGAACUCCAAUCGCCAGAGGUGAAGGGCUCACCGUGAUGGCUGGCUCUCGCAGGGGAUAAUGUGCUCCGGGGUGGCCUACUAUGUGCAAGGGCUGGUGAUGAAGGAGAGGGGCCCUGUGUUCGUCACUGCCUUCAACCCCCUCUGCAUGAUCAUCGUCGCUGCGAUGGGUUCCUUCAUUCUCGCCGAGGAGAUCAGCUUGGGAAGGUUAGCUUGAAGACCUAGAACUCAGAGCGUGCCGUCAUUUCCUUCGGCUUAUGCUUCUCCUCAUCGUCUGUUGAUGAACUUUUAGGGUUAUCGGCGCGCUGAUCAUCGUCGUGGGGCUGUACAUGCUCAUCUGGGGCAAGAGCAAAGACUACGAGCUGCAGACCGUAGGGAAGGACGCGGCCAUGGAAUUGCCGACCUCCAAGGCCAACGCUGUCUCCGCUGAGAAAACUACUACGGCCGGCCGUCCUACAGCCGCCCUCUAG